AUGGGCACUGCAUGGCACAACAUAACUGGUAAGAUUUGGGUGUUUGUCAACGAAGAAUUUCAAGCAGAGGUCACAAGAGACAAUGAACAACUUCUUGCUUUGAAGUUAACUCAUCUAGAUUCUAAUCAGGAGAUCAUUGCUACUUUGAUAUAUGCCAGUACAGAAAGGGCAAAUAAAAUCACCCAGUGGGAUGAAUUAUAUGAUAUGGCCUAUACCAUUAACUCACCAUGGAUUAUAGGAGGUGAUUUUAAUGUCAUUUUGGAUAAAGCAGAGAAGUAUAGAGGAGGUGAUUUUAAUGUCAUUUUGGAUAAAGCAGAGAAGUAUAGAGGUUUGCCAGUGAAUUUUCCUGAAGUAGAGGACUUUGCACAUUGUUUGAAUAUAUGUCAAGUAGCGGAUUUAGGAUUCUCAGGAAGCAUUUACACUUGGUGGAAUGGAAGAUCUGAUGAAGCUUGUAUUUUUAAGAGACUAGACAAAUGCUUAGGGAAUCAGGCUUUCCAGGAUACAUUCCCCAAUUUUGAAGUGGAAUAUUUAAUUAAACAAGGAUCAGAUCAUUCGCCACUUCUUCUAACUUUCAAAGCAGAUACCAGAGUCAUUAAGAAGCCUUUUAGAUUUCUUAACUUCUGGAUAGAGCAGGAGAGCUUUCUGGAAACAGUCAAAGUGAAUUGGGAAGAACAAUAUCGUUAUGAUCCUUUUUUCAACUUUCAUAAUAAGAUGAAAAAGGUGAGUAGAGCUUUGACUAAGUGGAGCAAAGAAACCUUUGGGGAUAUUUUUAAACAGGUGGCUACCCUAGAAGAAAUUGUCAAAGUACAUGAAACUGCUUUUGAAGAAAAUCCAUCCCAAGAGAAUAGGGCAAGACUACAGAGUGUGCAGGCUGAUUUAAUAAGGUUUUAUGCUAUAGAAAAGAAAUUUUGGAAAAAAAAAUCUGGGAUGCAGUGGUUUAAAGAUGGGGAUAGGAACACAAAAUUCUUUCAUGCCCAUGUAAAUGGGAAGAGGAAAAAGUUGCAUAUUAAGAGGAUUCAGGACCAGCAUGGUGUAUGGGUGGAACAAGAGCCAGAAAUUAUUCAGGAAGCCAUCAGAUUUUAUGAAGAUCAGUUCACUGAGGAACAAGUGCCCAACAAUUUUGAAUUACUGGACAAUAUUCCUAAGCUUAUUACAGCUGAGCAAAAUGAAAGGAUCAAUCAAUUACCAGAGGAAGAGGAAGUGAAGAAGGCAGUGUUUGGAUUGAAUUCAGACAGUGCAGGAGGACCUGGUGGUUUUACUGGAAAAUUCUUCCAAGCAUGUUGGGACAUAAUUGCUAAGAAUAUGGUGCUAAUGGUGAGAUCCUUCUUUUGUGGUCAUGAAUUGCCAAGGUACAUCACUUGUACAAAUCUGGUUCUUAUUCCAAAAAAGAAGGAAAUUAAUACCUUUUCAGAUCUGAGACCUAUCAGUCUUAGUAAUUUCUCCAGUAAGGUGUUUUCCAGAAUCAUUCAUGAAAGAGGAGUAAAGCAAGGCGAUCCCUUAUCACCAACUUUAUUCAUUUUGGCUUCAGAAUGCAUGUCAAAGGCUUUGAAUGCUCUACAUGAAGAUGAAAUAUUUUCAGGAUUUGGCAUGCCAAAGUGGAGCCCAUACAUAAACCAUUUGGCAUAUGCAGAUGACACUAUUAUCUUUGCCUCAGCUAAGGAGGAAUCUUUGAGACUGGUCAUGGAGAAAUUGGCAUCUUAUGAGUCAGUUAGUGGGCAGAAGAUUAACAAAGGCAAGAGUGUUGUUUUCCUUCAUCACAAUGUAACUCAGGAGGUAGAAGAACAUGUCUUUGAUAUUACCAGAAUUCCCAGGAAGGAUUUCCCAUUUACUUAUCUGGGGGUGCCAAUUUAUUAUGGGAGGAGGAUGAUAGCACACUAUAAAGAGAUCACAGACAAGAUAUUUAACAGGCUUAACUCAUGGACAGGGAAACUAUUAUCUAUUGGAGGAAAAGUAACAUUAAUCAAGCAUGUUUUACAGAGUAUGCCUAUUCACCUAUUGUCUGCUUGUGAUCCACCUAAAGGGGUACUAGCCCAAAUUCACAAAAUGUUUGCAAAAUUCUUUUGGAGCAAUUCUGUGGGUAACUCUAGUAAGAAUUGGGUGUCAUGGACAACUUUAUGCCAUCCUCAAGAUGAGGGAGGAAUGGGUUUUAAGAGUUUACAAGAUGUAUCAAAGGCCCUGUUCUCUAAGUUGUGGUGGAACUUCAGAACAAAGCAAUCACUAUGGAGGAUGUAUAUGAGUAAUAAGUACUUGAAAAAGGAUCAUUCAGUAACAGUACAAUGGAAAAGAGGGACAUACAUGUGGAAGAAGGUGUUGCAGUGUAGAGACUUAAUAGAACAAGAAAUAUGGUGGCAGGUUAAACAAGGAAACUCUUAUUUUUGGCUGGACAACUGGACAGGAAUGGGGGCUUUAUACCAAAAUAUGCCUCCAGAUUUCAUAUUUGAUAGAACAGUGGUAUUAGUGCAGGAAAUGAUGCUGGAAGAAGAAUGGGAUGAAGGAAGAUUAAUGGAGAUUCUCCCAGGUAAUAUUGUUGAACAUAUUAUCCAGAACAUUAAGCCACCAAAUCCUGAUGGAGUUCAAGAUAAACCUUUCUGGAAACUACAUACUAGAGGCAAAUUUACAAUGGGAACAACUUUCAAUUUGCUGAGGCGGAGAAUGGAUACUAAUGAGUUGUACAAGAGAAUUUGGAUAAAAGGAUUACCAGUGAAGAUCUCAUUGUUUCUAUGGAGACUAUGGAAAGCUAAAAUACCUCUAGAUGAGAUAGUGAAGAAGUGGGGCUUUCAGUUUCAUUCCAGAUGUUUCUAUUGUGAUGAGCCUAAAGAGGAAACUAUAACACAUUUGUUUUUAAAGUCCCCUGUUGCACAAUAUACAUGGAACAUUUUCUGCAGACCCAUGGGAUUAAAUAUUCAAAAUCUUCAGCUGAGUCAAGUUAUUAAUUUGUGGUGGGAUGCCCCAGUAAAUCAACAUGUAAAAUAUAUUUUCCAAGAAGUGCCAGCUAUUAUUGUUUGGGAACUCUGGAAAAGAAGAAAUGCUAUUAGGCAUGGGGGAAAGAUGUCUAAGGUCAAGCUAGUCUACCGAAUCAUGCAUUCAAUUAUCAUGUUUAUGAGGGUGAGGAGAGGUAAUUUUAAAUAUGCUGCAUAUAGAUGGAGUACUCUGGUGCAAUCACUUCAGAAUUACUCUCCACGAACCAAAGUGAUUCAUGUUAAGUGGGAACCACCAGAGUUAGGAUGGGUGAAAUGCAACACAGAUGGUGCCUCAAGGGGAAAUCCUGGUAGAGGAUCCUGGAGCUUCUGUAUCAGAGAUGAGAAUGCAAAUCUUUUAGUUGCGAAGGCUAAAGAGAUGGAAAACCCCAGUGCACCAACACACAAGCAGAAGCUAUGGCUAUUCUACAAGCAUUGA